AGAAACCGGGGUGCUGUUUACAAAUUGUAUCAAACGACGUAGUUUCCCUCAGAUAAACAAUGUCUUCUGUAGGUUUCUUGGUUCAAAAGGCCUCUUGUAGACCGCCUAGGUUCCUGACGUGGCCAUUGUGUGAAGGAUGGAGCGGGUUUUUUGUGGUGAGAAAUUCCAGUGACCUGGGUUUUCGAUUUGAUCAACGACAUCGCAGAGUUGAAUGUGUUUUUAAGGACAAACUCCCAUGUCAAUUUAACUCUGUAAAUCGAUGUAAAGACGCCAUCAACAACAUGAGCGGUAAUAAAAUGUCUGCGCGACCCAGUGAUUUUGGUGCGAAUCGAAGCAAUUGGCUCCCUGGGUUACGGAGUGUAAAUUUGUCAGCAGGCCAAUGUAAAACUCGAGUAGAUAUCGUUGCUGGUACCGUAGAAAAAUCAAUACGACGUCCAAAAAGCACUUGGACAAUAGAAGAUCGACAACCAAAACGUUAUGAACGCAGAAUGCAGGCAAACAUUUCUAACAGUGCCACAGGAUGUGUUGUAAGACCAGUCACACCCAGCCUAUUUAUGUCACCUCUAACCCGUAAAGCUGUCAACAUCCAACGCUCAUUCUCUACUGUAAGCAGGCCAGUGUUGCUCUGGACAGUGGGGUCUACUGACCCCCAAGUUGGCCAGGCUACAGCAGCAGUGUGUGUUACCACAUGGCGCGCCAUGGCGGGUCACAGCAAGUGGCAAAAUAUACGCCACAUUAAAUCAGCCAAAGAUGGACAGAAAGCUGAGAUGUUUUCGAAGAUGGCACUAAAGAUCAAACUCGCUGUCAGAGAGGGUGGUAGCGAUGAUCCCAAGCACAACAAUCCUCUGGCCAGGAUACUGACACAGGCCAAGGCAAAAGACAUGCCCAACGCAUCGAUUGCUGCUGCUAUAAAGGCUGGAAGUAAUAAAGAAGUGGGGUCACCCCUCACAGUGGAGAUUAAAGGGCCGGGUCAGUGUCUGUGGAUUGUAGAAACCAUAACUGACAAGCCUAUCAGGACAAAGGCGGAGAUACGAGGCAUGCUCAAGAAAAAUGGUUGCGUCGUGAGCGAAGGGAACACAGUGAUCCGAGCCUUCGAGAAAAAAGGCGUGGUUGAGGUGGAAAUGGAGGACGACAAGGAAAUCGACAUGGAUAAGUAUCUGGAGGUUGCCAUUGAAUCUGGAGCCGAAGACGUUCAGAAACGCGAGGAUGAUGUAGGAAGUCCAUAUUUGGCAUUUGUAUGUGACGCAGCCGACCUCCAUUCAGUGAAGAAGGCUGUGGCAGAGCGGGAACUCCCCGUGAAAAGUGCCUUCCAUGAGUACGUGGCUCGUGUGCCCACAGUUCUGCCGGAAUCGGAGGUGGCCAGCCUACAGGCGAUCCUGGAAAAAUUACAAGGUCACACAGAGGUCAUACGUGUUUUUGACAAUAUUCAGGUCCAGGAAUCGUAGAACUGUCUGAUAAUUACAAUGUACAUACGUGUAUAAACUGUUAGUCAUGGUGUGAAAAAAAGCGGCACAGCAAUUAAGUUCACCAGAGAUGUUAAAAUCUUUGAGCCCGAAUGAACUAGUGGUGUGGACUGGAACUACAGAGAAAAGGUUGUCAUCUACAAGCACAGAGUUGAAAGUUUUACAGUCGUUUUUGUUGUUUGUCCCAAAAUGUGAUUAUGCUCUUCCCAACCUUCCAUGUGAUUACAGGUACUUUCAAUAGGUUACAAAAGACUGUCCAAAUUGCAGCAAAAAGACUUGGUUCUUUUCUGUAACACUGCACUGCAAGUGUACCACAUAACUAAGAGAUUUAGGAGCACUCUUCAUAAUACAGUACAUAA